AUGGCACAGCAGGUGGCAGACACCCUUGCCGCGAUCCACAAGGCACUAGAGUACGUGCCCUAUGUCAGAUACAAUGCGAGCACCAUCCAGUUUCUGUGCAAACAGAUGGAGAAGGUGGCGGCCUUGCUGGUGGCCCACCCAGAUGGCUUUCCCCAACACGACGAUGAGACAAUGAGCAUUCUGACUGAGGAGGUCAAGCACUGCAACACGUUGAUCAAGCGGCACGGUGAGCCUUUCCGGCUCCAGUCGUUCUACAAGACCCACAACACGAAGACCAAGGUUGAGGAGGUUUGCAUGAGGAUGCAAGACUGCCUGAGUUUUCUGGGUUUGGAGAAUGAAGACAUACGCUCCAUCCGCACGCAGGUGGACAAGAGAUGCGUGGACAGUGACAAGAGGCGAACGGACUGGUUCCUGGCUUGCAUCCUGGAGGGCGGGUUGGAUGAGGAGGGGAUCAGUGAAGAGGAUCGGCUGAAUCUUGAGGAUCAGAUCAGCAAGCACAGGGAGCGACUGAAGACUCUGAAUUUCAGGAUCAGGGAUGAAGAUGUCCAGCGGAAGGAGAGGCUUGGCACGGGGGGCUUUGGUGAGGUGUACAAGGGCAAGUGGGGUGAGCGAGAUGUUGCCAUCAAGAUCCUGUCUGCAGGACUUGGCCUGGAGGCACGGGCAGAGUUCUUGUGCGAGGUGGAGAUGCACAUGCGGAUGUCCCAUCCCAAUGUGGUGCGCUGCCAUGGGGCGAUCUACUCCAAGGACGUGCAUGCCAUGGUGCUGGAGCUGGCAGUCACCGACCUGCUGAAGUUGUCUCGGACGAAACGCCACAUGAAUUGGGGGCUGAAGGCACAGCUGAUGGCUGGUGCAGCACAGGGCUUGAAGUUUUUGCAUGACAUGGGCGUGGUGCACAGGGACGUGAAGGCGGCAAACUUCCUGGUGUUCAUUGAUGCAGACACGGGAGUGUAUGAAGUCAAGAUUGGGGAUUUUGGUCUGGCCCGUGUCAAGCAUGAGACAAGGACCACAGUGGAUGGCAUGAUGGGCACCACACGCUACAUUGCCCCAGAAGUCCACGAGGGCGGCUCCCACAACUACAAGACUGACGUGUUCAGCUUCGGGCUGCUCAUGUACGAAAUCGCAGCGGAGAACACGCCUUAUGCAAAUCUGCCUGAGGCUGCCGUGCUUGGGAGGAAGAGGAACAGAACCGACCCUUGCAUUCUUGAGCCUGACUGCCCACCUGAUCUGAAAGAGUUGAUGGAGAGGUGCAUUGAGCCAGUGGGGAGUGACAGGCCCACGAUGCAGCAGGUUGUGGCUGAGAUGAGGAAGAUCCUACACAGGAUGUUGUUGGGGUCUGCGGAGUCGAUGAUAUUGGCAGAUAUUGGUUCACCACUCCACACAACUUCAAGGGGGAAGAAGGGGGGAGCAAAGGGGGAGGAUGUGUUGGCUCCAAGGAUUGAUGACAUAUGGAUCUCAGACAGCCGCAUGAGCCAGUCCAUGCAUCGCGAAGGCAGCAUGAAGUGGGAAGAAGUCAGCACUAUGCACUCAGUGGUGGAGGAAGGGGAGGAGGGGGUCAGACCAGUGACUAAUGGCCAACAAUCGAGGGAUGAGAAGAAACUGAGGCAGGCAGCUGUGGAUGGGCGGGCCGAUUUAGUCACUGCCCUACUGGAGAAAGGGGUGAAUGUUGACACAAGGGACAAGAAUGGUGCCACACCUUUGUGCAUUGCAUCCUGUAAUGGGCAUAAGGAGGUUGCAAGUGUCCUCAUCCGAGCUGGUGCAAAGACAGAUAGCGCAGACAAGGAUGGAGCCAUGCCAUUGUACAUCGCCUCUUGGGGUGGACACAAGGAAGUGGUCAGCGUGCUCCUAGGGGCUUCCGCAAGGGUAGACUGCCCAAACAAGAAUGGCGCCACGCCACUGUACGUUGCGGCGCAGCAGGGGUUCGUGGAGAUUGCUGACAUGCUCCUUCGGGCUGGAGCAAAAGUGGAUCUCCCCAGACAUGGUGGUGCAACCCCGCUGUGCAUCGCCGCCCAGGGGGGCAAGGUGGAAGUCGUGAAGGUGUUGCUUCGGGCUGGUGCAAUGCUCGAUUUCCCAAUCGAG